AUGACCCGUCUACUGGAAGCGGAGUUUCCUCUUCAUAGACUCGUAUAUCUCGAUGAUGUAGAAGAACUUAAGAAAGUGUUAGACGAAUCGGAGCCAGAUCAAUUAGAAAAACUGGAUUGUCGUGGGAGAACGCCAUUGAUGCUUGCUGUAACGAUGGGUCACAAACAGUGUGCAUUUGAACUUCUGAAACGAGGGGCAAAUGCAGAUGCGCAAAAUAAAGGAAUGUGGUCAGUGAGUCAUGAAGCGAUAUCAUAUGGUGAUCCUGAACUAGUCAAAAAUGUUAUAAUGUAUCGUGAUUAUCAACGAAGUGUUCGAGGUGCUCAUAGUAUGAAGGACUGUCUUAAGACACUAGAGGGUUCUCCGGACUUUUAUUGCGAAAUGGGCUGGGAGUUCGCAAGCUGGGUGCCGUUUAUCAGUCGAAUGUGCCCUUCUGACACGUACAAGAUAUACAAACAAGGUUCUAAAGUACGGAUUGACACGACUUUAGUGGGAUUUGAAGCAUCUAGUUGGAAAAGGGGAAACCAAACGUAUAUAUUUCGACUGGAUGAAAACUCUUUGCCAGAAUUCAUAAUCAUCGAUCAUGAGUCGAAAACGGCAACUAGGCAAACUCUCCACGAUGAUGAAGCGCUAGAGGAGUUCACUCCAUCUGAUGAAGCUGUAGAUAUGCGAAUGUCAUCACCCAUAUCAACGACGUUCAUUGAUGUCGACAAAAUUGGCUUCGAGCGAUCAUAUCGUGGUGGUUUACUUGGUUGGAUAAGUAGUACAGAGAAAACGGAGACUAUCGAUGACUAUGAGUGCAAGGUGUUCAAUGCGUCAAAUGUGAAUCUGGUCACCAAAACUCGCAAGGAACAUUUGUCAGAAGAAGAGUCGGCUCGUGCAAGACAGGAGGAAAAUCCAAAUCUCCUAUCAAAUCUCCUCAGCACAAUUGUUCGAUCAGAAACUAGUGAAGAGUCGACGACAGAAAAUCUACUAGAUACGGGACUAACAGUGUAUGAAUACUUGGAUGAAGAUUUUCCCUUGGAUGGAGACAUUGGUCGACCUAAGAAAGUUACGAAGAAGUCAAAUAAUUUCAAAGCCACAUUAUGGUUAGCUGAGAAUUAUCCGCUUUCGUUCCAGGAUCAAGUAAUGCCUAUAGUGGAUUUGAUGGCUGCGAAUAGUGCUCAUUUUGCUCGAUUACAUAAUUUCAUAAGAAUGCAGCUGCCUGCCGGCUUUCCAGUUAGGAUCGGUUGGUGGGCAUUCAUUCGCUUUUGUUUUUAUUGCUGUUUACUUUUUGUUUUAUGA